AUGGCAGCGGGUCCUAUAGCUGAAAGAAACCAAGAUGCCACGAUUUAUGUUGGAGGUUUGGACGACAGAGUUACUGAAAGUUUGUUAUGGGAAUUAUUCGUACAAGCAGGUCCUGUGGUCAAUGUUCACAUGCCAAAGGAUCGGGUGACACAGACACAUCAAGGGUAUGGGUUUGUGGAAUUUAUGGGAGAGGAAGAUGCAGAUUAUGCCAUUAAGGUGAUGAACAUGAUAAAACUAUAUGGCAAACCAGUGAGGGUCAAUAAAGCAUCGGCACAUCAAAAGAAUCUUGAUGUUGGUGCCAAUGUUUUUAUUGGUAAUUUGGAUCCAGAAGUUGAUGAAAAAUUGUUAUAUGAUACAUUUUCAGCGUUCGGAGUAAUUCUACAAACACCUAAGGUUAUGAGAGAUCCAGAAACUGGUAAUUCUAAAGCCUUUGCCUUUAUUAACUUUGCAUCAUUUGAAGCUUCCGAUGCAGCAAUUGAGGCUAUGAAUAAUCAAUAUUUGUGUAACAGACCUAUUUCUGUAUCAUACGCCUUCAAAAAGGAUGUUAAAGGUGAAAGACACGGUUCGGCGGCUGAGAGGUUGCUAGCUGCUCAAAACCCACUGUCGCACGCGGAUCGUCCUCACCAGCUGUUCGCCGACGCACCACCAACUAUGAUGGGUCCCAUACUAAUGGCGCCACCCCCACCACCUACUCCAUCCCCAAUGCCCCCACCAGGUCCUCCAAUGAACGCCAGGCCUCCUCCCCCUCUCCCAAUGGCUGCACCACCACCACCACCUACUUCGAUGCCACCUCCAGGACCACCACCACCACCAGGCCCUCCACCACCACCGCCACCUUUCCAUCACUUCCCACCACCGCCAUUCGGACCACCUGGCUUCGGCCCCCCGCCUCCUCCAGGAGCAAGACCUCCUCCGCCUUGGAGGCCCCCUCCUCCCUCCUUCAGGCCUCAGUUUCCUCCACGAGGCCCUCCUCCGUUUGGACAUCCCCCUUUCCCCCCGCACCACCCGCCUGAACCGAAUUACAACUAUUAAAUGUAUUUAACUUUAAGAAAUAUAAGAAUAAUUUUAUCA